GGGCAUGCUUGGCUAGUGGCGACACGCGCAAACAGCGGCAAGUUUUGUGUUGGUUUCCCCUUCGUCGUGUAGUGAAAGCUGGGAGUCCUUUCCGCCGCAACCAUUGACACGUGUAAAGACUAACGAUAAUGCCUUCUAUUACUGUGCACGUGACCUGGCAACUGUGUCACUGGAGGAAGUUGAUCAGCGAAAGUACUGAAUUUCAUUAAUUAAUCUUCGUCGCACUGCUUCCGUGAUACAUUUCCUGUUUUGGCCAAGUUUGUUAAUGAAAUACCACCAUCACCACCACCACCACCACCACCACCACCACCACCACCACCGACAGAAGAAAAAAAAAGACUACCCAGCAUUUACCUGACUAGAAAACCUCCACUGUGCAUGUUGUGUCUCAGGAACCACGUGUUUGCAGUCCAACCUAACUCCUCGAGAUGGAUUAAACAGAGUGAAAGGGAAGCAGCGCAUCAGAGACAGACAGUGAAACUGGGGCGUGCGGCACCAUAGUUCGAGGGAUGGAGCAGACAAAUGACUACAACGAGGCGGGAGGCGGGGUCGGCGACGGAGAAGACAGAGGCGUGGGCAAUGCUGGAGCAGGGUCGGCCGGGGACUUCUGCGUGGUGCGGCCUGCUCUCACUGUUUCCCAGCGGGCCAGGGACUACCACUACCAGCCCCAGGAUAAGCCAGGGUUCGCGAAAACGGUGCAAAAGAAGGUGCGUGACUCCUGCGUCUGCUCCGGGAGCUGUCUGAAGACUGCCAUCACCAGCAAGCUGCCUAUCCUCACCUGGCUGCCUACCUAUAACCCUCGCCAGUCCCUGCUCGGUGACAUCAUCGCCGGCGUCACUGUUGCCAUCAUGCAUAUUCCUCAGGGGAUGGCCUACGCCCUGCUGGCUGGCCUGCCCCCCAUCACGGGCCUGUACAUGGCCUUCUUCCCGCUGCUCGUCUACUCCAUCCUUGGCACCUCGCGUCACUGCUCCAUGGGUACAUUCGCUGUGGUGUGCCUCAUGACCAGGAAGGUGGUGGAAGAGAUGGCCACCGCCCCCGAUAAGCACCCUACCGCAGCCUCCAGUGUCGGUGACCUCAUAGAUAACACCACUGCCGCCGCCAACCCACUCACCUACACACCGGUCCAGGUGUCCGCUGCUGUGGCUCUCAUGAUUGGCAUCGUGCAGGUGAUCCUGGGACUGCUGCAGCUGGGCAGUCUUUGCGUCUUCCUCUCUGACAUGCUGGUGUCCGGCUUUACAACUGGGGCGGCCGUGCAUGUUAUGACCUCACAGAUCAAGUAUCUCUUUGGCCUUAAGGUGCAAGGUUACAAUGGCCCUCUCAAGAUCAUAUAUACAUACAAAGACAUCAUCAGCCAGGUUCUGCACGCCAACCCUGCUGCCAUGGUGAUUUCUGGGCUGACAAUUGCUACUCUUGCCUUCAAUAAUGAAGUUUUGAAGCCAUGGGUUCGCACCAAGACUAAGAUUCCUGUCCCAAUUGAACUGCUUGUUGUUAUUGGAGGGACUGUCGCAUCUUACUUUGGUCACCUCAAUGACAAUUACAACAUCAGAAUUGUUGGUGAAAUUCCCACAGGGAUUCCAUCCCCCACACUUCCACCCUUUGAAUUGCUGCCCAGGAUGGUGGUGGACUCUAUAGUCAUCAGCAUUGUGGCUUAUACUGUGUCUUACUCCAUGUCAAAGAUAUUUGCCAAGAGGCACAACUACCAAGUGGAUGCUACUCAGGAACUUUAUGCAUUGGGGCUCAGCAAUGUCUUUGGGUCUUUCUUUGGAUGUGGGCCCAUUGCAGCCUCUCUGUCUCGCUCAUUGAUCCAGGAGGCUGUAGGAGGAGUCACACAAAUUACUUCAUUUAUCUGUUGUGGAAUAAUUGUCUUGGUUCUUCUCUUUAUUGGACCUGUAUUUGAGACUCUUCCCAAUUGUGUCCUCUCUUCUAUCAUUGUGGUGGCUCUGAAGGGGAUGUUCCUGCAAGUGAAUGACCUCAAGCGGAUCUGGAAAGUGUCCCGUAUGGAUGCAACAAUCUGGCUAUCUUCUUUCCUGGGAGUUGUGAUCAUUGAUAUUGACUAUGGUCUCCUGAUUGGCAUUAUUGUGUCCCUGCUGGUUCUUCUCUGCCGAUCACAGCAGCCAAAAACUGCCCGCUUUGGACACAUAGCAAACACAGACCUUUACUUGGACGUGGCCAAAUAUUCUUCUGCUGUGGAAAUCCCAAGUGUGAGCAUUUUCCACUUUGGAGGCCCAGUACACUUUGCCAACAUUGAGUACUUCCGCACACAGCUAGAGACUGUCACUGGUCUAAACCCAAGCAUCAUAUCUGAUAAAAAGAACAUAUUGGAGAAAGCACAAACUUCUGAAGAUGAUACACAUCAGCCGAAUAUGGAAGCCAAUGGAAGUGUAACAAGUGAAGGGCAUGAGAAGGAGCCAAACAAGCUUGUCAUGCUAUUCAAGAAUAUGAAGAAUGGAAAAAAGCCUAAAGAUUUGACCAUCUCAAUACCGGAAACCAAGCACAUAAUCAUUGAAAUGAGUUCUGUCAGCUACAUCGAUUCAAGUGCUGGGAAGCUGCUGAUCCAACUCUACAAAGACUAUAAUGCAGCAGGAAUAUCAUUUUCCUUGGCAGCAUCUUCAGAAAAUGUGCUGGACACACUAGAAGAGUGUGAGGCUACGAAAGUGAUUCCUCCAGAGCACAUUUUCCACUCCACACACGAUGCUGUCACAAUUCUCACUAGUAUGGACUCAUCUGCUACUGCUGGAGGGAACAGUACAAAGUUAUAACAGCAAGUACUUGUGGUGCUGUUCACAGGAUUUCUUUUUUUAUCAAUUUUGAUCUGUAUUUCUGAGUGCAAUUUUUCUAGAAUUAAGUGCCUAUAGGAUAUGCUUUGUCAUUCAAUUGUUUGGCUCAUUGUAUUCACAUUAUAUUACUAGGAUUUUGUGUUUCAGUCAUUGUUAUCUUAUUUGGUAGCCACAUCCCAUAACUUGAAUGUCAAGAAGGAAUCAAUGUGGAACAUGCUAUCAAAUGUUUUAAUGUGCUGUGGUGUCUGAAACACCAGUCAGUAUCUGAUAUCCUUUGGGCAAUGAACUGUGCAUAUCAUCUGUUAUUUUGCAGUAUUAUAUGUGUACAUGUAUAUAAUGCAGUCAUAUACAUAUAACAUAGCUUUGUAGUUUAGUUUGUGAGACUUUGUGAUAAUACUGAAUUACAAGUAAUUCAUGUAUAGCACAUCUAUAUUUUAAAAGCAGUUGUAAAGGGUAACUAAAUAUUUCCUUUGAUAGAGUUAUGCCAACAGUGCUUCAUCAGGAUGAGGUGCUCACCUUACUAGCUUAGCAGCAGCUGCUGGUCUGUAGAGGGAGGCUAUCAUGAUCUUGUCUUAGUGGUCCAUGAAGUGCCUGCAAAAUGUGUUAUUGUGAAAUGAAUUAGGAUUUUACAAAUGAAGAGAUUUUCCUCUUUUAAUUAUUUAUAUACUAUGUAUAUAUAGACAUAAUUUUUACUUUCUCACAUUAUAGUGAGACAUGAUGAAGUUAUCCAUAGAAUGUAUCAGCAAACUUUCAGGUAAGAAAGUGUCUUUCUAAAACUUAUUUACACAUGUGAUCUUCCUUGAUGCUUCAAAAAAUGUCUUUGCCGAUAAUUCACAACAAACUUGAAUUUUCAUUUUGCUCAGUAGACUGAAAAUCAAUGCAGUGAAAUUUUAAAACACUUUUGACAUAAUUAUCUACUUAUAUUCUAUUAAUGUGUAAAUAACUCAUCAUUUCACCAUGUUUUUUUUUUUUAAGUUGAAAAUAGUAUGCAGAAAAACAAUAGUUAAAUUUUCAUUAGUACAGUUUGGUUAUUUUAUGAAGAUGGUGUUGCAAUAUUUAAUAAAUAUGUAUACUGUUUGUUGACUUUAGUUUCAAAUGUGUAUACUUAGUAGGAUGAUAGUGGAAAUAGAUAUAUGUACUUGGUUAUUUCUUGUAUUACUUGUUAAAAAGAGUUUGAAAUAUUAGUAUAGGUCUUAUAAGACAAUAAUGAAUGCAACUGAAUAUGGGAAGUCUUUUGUCUUAACUAGUGAUAAAAGGGAGGUUGAAUGAUGAAAGUUGAGUUGUAUAGCAUCUACAUAUACUUAAUUUCUACUAAAGAGAAAUAACAUACCUAUAUUUUUGUGCCAUCCUAAAAUUUAAUUAUGUGCCUUAGUAAAAUACUAUAUAUAUAUAUAUAUUAACAUCUAAAUCUUAGGUAAGAAUAUAAGAAGUGCUACUAUUUUCAUAUCUAUAAUUUAUUUUUUGUACUUCUUAUUUUUUGACAGUGAAUAAAGUGAAAGAAUUUUUAACACAAA